AUGUCCCUCUGGCGGGGCACGCUCUGUCCCCCCGCGCUCCAGGCCAGGAGCUCCAGCGACAUCUUCUUCCACGUGGUGACCCCCGACCGCAUCCCGCAGUUCAUUAUCCCGUCCCUGGACAUCCACAAGAAGCAGAGAUGCUCAGGCAAGGGGGCGGGACAGCUGGAGGGGACAGGGCAGCUGGAAGGGACAGGGCAGCUGGAGGGGACGGCUUGGAGGAACAGCUGGGACCCAGCGGGGCACGAUGAGCACGGCUCUAGCUCACCCUGCUUUAACUCAUCCCGCUCCAACCCAGACCCCACCGCUUGGGCAGCUCUGUCCCUGCCCCACCUCCCCAAGGUCACCACCCCGUACGGCUUUGUCACCCUGGGGCGGAGCCCGCAGGUCACCAGUGAGGAGGCGUUUUUUCACUCGGGCUCAGGCCACCCUCGGGGUCCCGCUGCCGGGACAUGUCCCCGCUGGCAGGAGGAGCCGGGGUGCUGCAGACAUCCCGGGAUUCCUGGUGCUGAGGGAGACUCCGGGAUGGGAGGCAGCCGGAGGGGCCACAAGCAGCCGAGUCCCCGUGCCAGCGGUCACAAGGAUGACGGAAACAGCGCGACCCCAGCAGGGCUUCCCGUGUCCAGAUGUGCCAGAGACAUCCGAGUAACAGCGGCUCUGGAAGGCCAAGAGGCAGAGAAGAGGGACAGGAGGCUCCUGGGCGAGGGCUGUCCGAGGAGCGGCUCCAGCCUGGAGCUCCCCGCGGCCGCAGCCAGGAAGAACUUGCUGCAGAGGAUCCUCAGGAGGCACCUUGUCCACCCGCGGCAGCUCAAGCCGGGGCAUUUCACUCUCCACUGAUCCUGCAAAGCAGCUCCGAGGGACUGAGGUUCCCUCAAGACCUGGGGAAAAGAGAAUUUGUCAGUGCCGCAGAACGCUGAGCAGCCAGUGAGCAUCAGGGUGUCACCUUCCCUGAGGGGACAGCCUUGAGGUGACAUUGCCCGUGGCUGGGGCACCAGCAGGGCACAGCUGGCAGGGACACGGCAGUGCUGGGGAGCAGAGGGGCUGUGGGUUUGUGACUGUUCAGAGCCCGAAUAAAAGUGAAAACGUUUCAUCCGAGCUGACCUCCUCUCCUUUUUCUUUCUUGUGCCAGCACUCAGGUGGCACCAGGGUGUUUUGGUGGCCCCAGCACCCUC